UGUGAACUGUUAUACGCUCUUUCAGCCACAAAAGUUCUUUUUAAAAUUUUGAGUAGUGCUUCAUAUUUAAUAGCUCUUUAAACGCAAAAGAAUAUCGUGUACAUAUUUAGUCUUUUGGCCUCAAUUGUUUAGCAGCGCCGACACCGUUAGCAUUUGAACAUCAUGGGUGAUAUAGGCAAAGGCAAAGACAUCUUCCAGAAGAAGUGCGCACAGUGCCAUGUUAUAGAGGCUGGGAAGCCACACAAACAGGGACCUAAUUUGCACGGCUUCUUCGGUAGACAAACGGGACAGGCUCCCGGAUUCGCCUACUCGGAAGGAAACAAGAAAAAGGCCAUUACGUGGGGAGAGGAUACACUGAACGUCUACUUGCAAGAUCCUAAAAAAUACAUCCCAGGAACGAAAAUGGUAUUCGCUGGACUGAAGAAGGAAAAGGAGAGGAAAGAUCUGAUAGCGUUUUUGAAAGAUGCCAGUCAGAAAUAGACGAAGACUUAAAUGGAGGUGGUUUGCCACCGUAUACUCACGACUGAAGACCAACUGAUGUUCGCAGCACAAAUAAUCAGUAGAACACUCUCGAACUUACAUCUCAUAUUUGCCGCCUAAUUUUUUAAAAUAUCGGAGUAAUUUCACUUCAAGUGAAUAUUCUAACAAUUAACGAUCUAUUAUACCUUAGACUGUGCGUUAGUUUUCACUGAGGUAUUUUACUGAACUACCAAGUUUUUUAAAGACAUUUUAAGAAAGACUAAUUACUAAAUUUACGCUUUUUACCCUUGUUAA